CGUAUACUGAGUUAUCAAUCCAUUUUCUCUGGUGGAUUAUUUGCAGUCAAGUCUGGAUCAUCUAUGGACUGUAUUUAUUUUGUUUGAUGUUUUUUUCCUGUAUGUUAAGAUCUUGAGUAUAAAAUUAUGAGCAUUGGGCAUGGAAUGAAAGGUCGUUAUGGGCAGGAAUUUAAUGAGUAGGAAUGCAUUGUGGCGGAUGAAUCUUGAGUGUAUAAUAAUGAAAAGCAAGAUGGGUGUCUAGUACGGGAGUUCAUGAAUUGUGGGUGAACAGUAUUGAAGGUGGUCUGUGGAAGGAUUAGAUUGAUUAAAUUAGGGCAAUGGUGGACGGCCACUUAUAAUAACGUAUAGUUUGUCUGUCUGUGCACGGGCUUUUGGUGUGGGGUGUGUGUCCCACGCUGCACAGUUGUAGCUGCCUGCUUAUCUCCGCGCACAAAGACAAAGCUAAAAGGAAAAAGGGAAGAGUAUAGAAAAAGGACCCAAAGGACCUAGUUGAGAGCCUUCUUCUGCAAGAGAAGGAGGAGGAAUACAAUCUAAAAAGAGGAAUUCCGAAAUGUCAUUUGGCUCUCACCGGGAGAUAAAGAGGGUAGAGCAAUGGAAAUGGGCUGAGAUUCAGGGUCUCGAGCUCAUUGUUACACCGCACAAAGUUUCCCCACCGGCAACUUCAUCAUCGCUUAGCCCAAUGGAGGAACUAGGAGCUACUUCAGGGGAUCAUUCUGCUGCAGGGGAUGGUUCUGGGGAUCAUUCUCAAGGACAAAAUCUUGGUAAUGAAGUGAAGGAGGAGGAGAAAGCUCCAAGUUUUCCCUUCUUCAAGUUGUUUGCUUUUGCAGAUGGUCUGGAUUAUGUGCUCAUGGGUUUGGGCACCGUUGGGGCAAUUGUUCAUGGGAGUUCUCUGCCUGUGUUUUUGAGGUUUUUCUCUAGCCUGGUUAAUUCUUUCGGUUCCAAUACUGGGAAUCCGGAUAAGAUGAUGCAGGAAGUACUCAAGUAUGCUUUCGAUUUUCUGAUCGUCGGAGCAGCGAUCUGGGCCUCUUCCUGGGCAGAGAUCUCGUGCUGGAUGUGGACUGGAGAGAGGCAGUCUGCCAAGCUGCGAAUUAAGUAUCUGGAAGCUACUCUGAAUCAGGACAUCGAGUAUUUCGAUACAGAUGCACGCGCGGGAGACAUCAUCAAUACUAUCAGCUGUGAUAUUGUGGCUGUGCAAGAUGCAAUUAGUGAGCGGCUUGGAAAUUUCAUACAUUAUAUGGCAACUUUUGUAUCGGGAUUUGUGGUUGGAUUCACUACCGCUUGGCAACUGGCUUUGCUGACGCUUGCUGUGGUGCCACUGAUUGCUAUUUUUGGGGCUGUUUACACUGUAACGCUAACCAAGCUUUCAUCAAAGAGCCAGGAUGCUCAUGCAGAGGCUGGCAAAAUUGCAGAGCAGACCUUGGCUCAAAUUCGCACGGUUUUCUCGUUCGUUGGUGAGGAGAAAGCUAUGCAGGGUUAUUCUGCGGCACUGAAGGUCGCUCAGAAGAUCGGCUACAGAAGCGGGCUGGUAAAAGGAUUCGGACUGGGAGCCACUUUUUGCGUCAUCUUUUGUUGUUAUGCGCUGCUUCUCUGGUAUGGAGGCUUGCUUGUCAGGCACCAUGAUACUAACGGAGGAUUGGCCAUAUCAACAAUUUUUUCGGUCAUGAUCGGUGGAUUGGCUUUGGGGCAAGCGGCUCCCAGUAUGACGGCAUUUGCCAAGGCGAAAUCUGCUGCAGUGAACAUAUUUCAGACUAUAGAGCACAGGCCUAAGAUUGACAGAAAUCAUUCCACUGGAGCUACAUUACCCACAGUCAGUGGUCAAGUGGAGCUACGAAACGUGAGCUUUUCAUAUCCAUCCAGACCCGAAAUGCCCAUUCUCAGUGGGUUUUCACUCAACAUUCCCGCGGGGAAAACUGUCGCCAUGGUUGGGAGGAGUGGCUCUGGAAAGAGUACUGUAGUUGCUCUGAUCGAACGAUUCUACGACCCCAUUGCAGGUGAUGUGCUGCUAGACGGUCACAACAUCAAAACUUUGCAGUUGAAAUGGCUUAGGCAGCAGAUAGGACUGGUGAGCCAGGAACCGGCACUGUUUGCAACGAGUAUCAAGGAAAACAUGCUGCUGGGAAGAGAGGAUGCCACACAGGUGGAAAUGGAAGAAGCCGCUCGGGUUUCUAAUGCCCAUUCGUUUAUCACAAAGCUUCCGGACGGCUAUGAUACACAGGUUGGGGAACGAGGAGUACAGCUAUCUGGAGGUCAAAAGCAGCGCAUUGCAAUAGCCAGAGCAAUGCUCAAGAACCCCGCCAUACUUCUUCUAGACGAAGCCACCAGUGCUCUGGAUGCUGAAUCGGAAAAACUGGUCCAGGAGGCUCUUGAUCGUUUCAUGAUCGGGAGAACAACUGUAGUUGUGGCACAUCGUUUGUCAACCAUCAGGAAGGCCGAUCUGGUGGCAGUAGUUCAGCAGGGGAGCAUUUUGGAAAUGGGAACUCAUGACGAGCUUAUAUCAAAGGGCGAGGAUGGGGCUUACGCAGCGCUUAUCAAACUUCAAGAGAAUGCCAAUGAAUACGGUGGCAAUAAUCCCAGGAAGAGUAGUGCCAGGCCAUCUAGUGCCCGGAAUUCUGUGAGCUCGCCCAUAAUUGGAAGAAAUUCUUCCUAUGGACGAUCGCCGUAUUCCAAGAGGCUUUCGGAUUUCUCGACUUCCGAUUUCAGUACAUCAGUGGAAGCCAAUAUGGCUUACAAAAUGGAGAAAGUGCCGUUCAAGGAGCAAGCAGGAUCGUUCUGGAGAUUAGUUAAAAUGAAUGCUCCUGAAUGGGGCUAUGCUCUCAUUGGCUCUGUGGGAUCCAUGGCCUGCGGUUCCAUUAGUGCUCUGUUCGCUUACAUUCUCAGCGCUGUGCUGAGCAUUUAUUACAAUCCGGAUCCCUCUUAUAUAAAAAACGAAAUCAGAAAAUACUGCUAUAUUUUGAUUGGUAUAUCCUUUGCAGCCCUGGUAUUCAAUACAUUGCAGCAUUCUUUUUGGGAGAUUGUUGGAGAGAAUCUCACCAAACGCGUCCGAGAAAAGAUGUUUGCAGCUAUACUGAGAAACGAGGUGAGCUGGUUUGAUCUGGAAGAGAACAACAGCAGCCAAGUGGCGGCGCGAUUGGCCUCGGAUUCAGGCAACGUAAGGUCGGCCAUUGGAGACAGGAUUUCCAUGAUAGUGCAGAACACGGCCUUAAUGCUAGUAGCCUGUACCAUAGGCUUUGUAUUGCAGUGGAGGCUGGCAUUGGUUCUCAUUGCAGUUUUCCCAGUUGUGGUGGCCGCCACACUUUUGCAGAAAAUGUUCAUGAAGGGCUUCGGGGGAGACUUAGAAGGCAACCAUGCCAAAGCCACCAUGAUCGCGGGCGAAGCAGUGGGAAAUGUCCGGACAGUGCAGGCAUUCAAUUCAGAGCGCAAGAUAGUGGAGCUACUCAAGGCAAAGCUAGACGCCCCAUUGAAGAAAUGCUUUUGGAAGGGGCAGAUAGCAGGGAGCGGAUUCGGGCUCGCCCAAUUCCUACUCUACGCCUCCUACGGCAUUGGCCUCUGGUACGCUUCAUGGCUGGUGAAACACCAACUCUCAGACUUCGGUAAAGUGAUCAGAGUCUUCAUGGUGCUCAUGGUGUCCGCCAAUGGAGCCGCAGAAACUCUGACCAUAGCGCCGGACAUCGUAAAAGGAGGCAGAGCAAUCCGUUCAGUUUUCCAAUUGCUGGACAGAAAGACGGAAAUUGAGCCUGACGACCCGGAGGCAGUAAAGGCAACGACUCUGAAAGGCGACAUCGAUCUCAAACACGUUGAAUUCUGCUACCCAUCUCGACCAGACGUGCAGGUCUUCAGAGACCUCACGCUCAAGGUACGGCCCGGCAAGUCUCUGGCACUGGUCGGUGCGAGUGGCUCCGGGAAAAGCUCCGUGAUUGCGUUGAUUCAGCGCUUCUACGACCCGGUUGGGGGCCGAAUUCUGAUUGACGGAAAAGACAUCCGAAAAUACAACCUCCAAUCGCUUCGCCGCCACAUUGGACUUGUGCAGCAGGAGCCUGCCCUGUUCGCCGCCACCAUUUUCGACAAUAUUGUGUACGGCAGAGAGGGGGCCACUGAGACCGAAGUCAUCGCCGCAGCAGAUGCCGCCAAUGCCCACAAAUUCAUCUGUUCUUUACCAGAUGGUUACAGGACAAAAGUGGGUGAGCGUGGCGUGCAGCUGUCAGGCGGUCAGAAGCAGCGUGUGGCCAUUGCCAGGGCCAUACUCAAGAAUCCCUCCAUACUUCUUCUCGACGAAGCUACGAGUGCUCUUGAUGCAGAGUCUGAGAAGACCGUACAGAAUGCCUUGGACCGGAUGAUGAAGUCGAGGACGACAGUCGUUGUGGCGCACAGACUUUCCACAAUUCGAAAUGCCGAUGUAAUUGCAGUCAUAGACGACGGUAAAGUGGUGGAACAGGGCUCCCACAAGCACCUUCUUCACCAUUAUCCAGAUGGGCAUUACGCCCGAAUGAUCGAGCUUCAGAGAUUCAACCAUUCUGCCUCCAUAUCUGCAUCGGCUUCUGCAUCCACAUCUUAGGCAAGCAUGGCUAGCAUUCUGGUCGUUUGAUUUCCUCCCCCACUCUCCCACCUUUUUUUUGGUUUAUUAGCCCAAAUCUUGUUUUCCUUCCCUUUUGCUCUAGUUUAUCAGCAGCCUCGGAUAAUUAAACAGUGUUGGAUCAUUUCAAUCCAUUGUACACAGACAAGCCCCCAAGUUUUCGAUUUGAUAGGAAUCCAAAUUCAGUAAUGGGCGGGUACUAUGAUUCUCAUUCCUGUUAACUACGGAAAUCACAGAUGUUUUUAUCUAGCCAGCACUGUAACUUGCAAGCCCACAAGAUUUCAAUUUGAUAGCAAUACAAAAUCAGUAAUGGGCGGGUACUUUACUUUCUUCCAUUCUCAUUCCUGUUAACUACCAGAAUUUACAGAUGUUUUCAUCCAGGAAUGUAAGUUGUAACCCAGAUUUUGGGUGGCAGGAAGUGGCAAAUUCCAUUCAAGUCCCCAACUGCAAGUCACUUCACUUUCUCUUUUUGUUUCUCUAUAGAAACUAUAUACAUGUAUAUCUAAUUUUGUUAAAAGAAUUGGCUACGCAGUACAAGAAUGAAUUUUUAUC